CAUAAGUAUUGCUCCAUAAGGCAGUUAAAGAGCAUAUCACGUUGACAUGAUGCGGCUUGACCCACUUCUUUUCGCUCAACAAAGUCUACGAGGACAGAGUCUGAAAAGUUUGCGUCAUUCAAAAACAGCCUGCUCAGCUCUAGUUUCGCUUCCAACUGUGCUGGACAGGAGUUCAGUUACUCCUCAGCCUGCUAUUGUUGCCCUCUCACUCUACCCAUUACCCAUGGUGCACUGCCAAGUUUCCAGGGGCUUCGCUGCUGUCAACAAACAUGGCCGAGAUGUCAAUGAACACUGAACCAGACAAAUCAGCGCACCACCAUGUCCCCGCUUUCUCCGUCAGACAUCCCAUGAUUCCGAAACUCUACGUAAUGCCAUGGAAACAGGACAUGAAGAACCAGAGGCUCUUACUGAAGGCCCAGGUUCCCCGCAGGCCGCACGAGGAGAGCCUGUUUUUGGAGGGAAGAGAGCGGCUCUGUCACGGACAGGGCAGAGCCGGGUCGCUGGACCCCACGGCCCCCGCCCCGUCCCGAACCUGCCGUCCGCCCCCCAUCGCCUCACACCUGUCCAGGUACAACAGCUCUCUGACCACUACCCGGGGCUUGUAUGGACAAGCCCCGCCCUGAUGUCCUAAAGAGACUUUCAUCACUGGUCCAGUCAGGAAUACCUGGACUAGGAUCACUUCCAUACUCCACGGGACUAGAGGACUCCAUUUUUGGACCCUUUGCUUUAUUUCGUUUCAUUGGGGUUUUUUUUUUGUUGGUCAAAACACCAGUAAGGUUAAAUAAAAUAGUACAUAAC